AUGGGCAGGACGGAUUUUGAAAAACGAUUAUUUGGAUUGGUGUUACUUGCUGUGGGAAUUUGGCUUGGGGUGGAUAGAAAUUUUAUGACAACCAUCAUUGGAAAUAAUUUGUAUGCUGCUGCAGUUUUUUUGAUCCUAGCUGGUGGUGUUACAAUAUUUUUCAUUUCCUUUUUUGGGUGUUGUGGUGUCAUCCGAGAAAAUAAGAUAUUCUUGAAAAUACUGAUGUUUUGUUACAUAAUCAUUAAGAUUGGGGAUAAAGUAAAGGAAACAAUGUCAAGCACUCUAACUGAUUUUUAUGGAGUAAAUUUUCAAAAUGAAUAUAACAGAGCUGUCACUGAUGCAUGGGACAAAGCUCAAGAAAGGCUAAAAUGUUGUGGUGUGACAAAAGAGGGUUGGUACAUAUAUAGAAAUAGCAACUGGUUUAAAAGUUUUGGCUCUCUUAUUGACAGAGAAAUUAUAUAUGAAGAAUGCACCAACGAUCAGCUGGCGUCCAAGCUGUGGGUUUUCUUUGAAUUUAAUGCCGUAAAGAUUGCCCCAGGUAGCAUAAAAGAUGUGGGCCUAAUGCGGCACAAACCAAAAUGCUGUUAUGUGAGCCACAUAUAUAAUGUUAAGCCGGUUUACCAGAAACCCACACAGGACAUCUCUUCUAAAAAUGUACGUAAGAACGGUCACUAA